CCUCUCAUAUUAAAUUAUUCAGAAAAAAAGAUUUGAAGAUGGAAGAAAAAAUUAAGAAAAUCAAGGAAAAAAUUGAACUAAAAAGUAAAGGAAAAUGUGGAGCAAAAUGGGAAUUUAAUGGAGAAAUUCGUUUUAUUUCACCAUUAGAAGCAAAACAAUUUUAUAACAAAAUUUUAAAUUUGGCUGAAGAUGUUUAUGAAAAUCAAACUUUAGAAAAUAAUCUUUUGGAAGCAAUUUAUGGAAAUGGAUGUUAUCAUGAAUUAGUAAAUUCUGAUGAUGUUCAAAUUAAAAAACGUCAAAAUAUACAAAUGCUUAUGACUAAAUUUAGAGGAAUUAUUUUUGAUUUUAAGAGGGAAUUAAUUUGGAGUUUUGGCUGUAUGUAA